ACAAGCCUCGAUCAGUGAUUAACUGUUCACCUUUUACGGCUGUCAUUCAGCAGGAGAGAGAGAGAGAAGGAGAGAGAGAACGGAGGGAGGGAGGAAAGGGAGUGGCCUCUGUGUGUCGAUUGCUGUCUUUCUCUCUCUUAGUGACGACAUGGGAGCGACAACAGCAGAGUAAAGCACCGAGACACGACAAAGAAAGAGAGACGUGUGCUUCAGGUGAGGGAGCAGGUGAAACACAAACUGACUCUCUCACCUGAUGUGUCCCUGUGUCUCAGUGUGAACCCUCCCUGUUCACUCACACCCAGUCAGACGACACUGGAAACAUUUCAGUCCUGAUAACAACAUUGUGUUUGUUCCUCGCCACAGGAAGUCGUCUCUCCAGCCCCAUGACAUCCGCCGCCCCGCCCAAGAGGAUGGUGUCCUCGGUCUUCAUCACUCUGGCGUCUCCAUACAGAGCCACGGUCACGCCCACGCCACAGAUCACACAGCACUCGGCAGUCCCCGUCAGUCCCACCGCCGCACACAGGAAGCCGUCCACCUCCUCCGGCUCGGCACUGGAGUCUGGACACACCGUGUCUCCUGCUGAGGCCCGACCCAGUCCUCUGGAGAUCCGGAAAACACAUGACAGCAAACCCAACCCUGCUCAUGCUCUAUUCAGAGCAGGAAAGAGAGAGGAGACACACACUGAUGAGUUUUUCCCUCCUCCUCCUCCUCCCCCUGCGUCUCUGGACUUGGGGGUCUCUGAAACCCUGCCCCCUCCACCGCCCACCUGCCCUCUGACUGACCCCAAACCACCAGCCCCCACACGCGAGGUGUGUGUGGAGAGAGCGCCACCUGCUGAUCAGAGUCAGAACGAGCCCUCGGCAGGAGCUCCGACUGAAGAGGGGAUUACACCAGAUGUGUGUGGGUUCUGUCGUAAGCCCGUGGCCCUGAGUGAGCCAGCGAUCGAGGCACUGAACAGGACGUACCACAGCAGCUGCUUCCAGUGCCGACAGUGUCACGCUGCUCUCGCAGGGAAAACCUACUUCAACAAGGCAGGGAUCCCUCUGUGUGAGGACUGCUACCAGGCCAGUCUGGAGCCGUGCUGGGCGUGCGGUGAGGUCAUCAAAGAUCACGUGAUCCGAGCACUGGAACGAGCCUAUCACCCACCCUGCUUCGUGUGUACGACCUGCAAGCAGCCAAUCGGAGAGCAGCGUUUUGCACAGGGAGAGGUGGGGGAGGUGUACUGCCUGCAGGACUACUACAGGAAAUACGCACCUCAGUGCAGUGUGUGUGGAGAGCUGAUAAUCCCAAGAGAGGACGGGACGGACAGCUACACAGUUGAGUGUCUCGGACGCUCUUUUCAUGAGGACUGCUACCGCUGUGAGCUGUGUGCGGUGCUUCUCUCCCCGGAGCCGAAUGAACACGGCUGCCACCCGCUGGAUGGACAGAUCCUGUGCAAACCCUGCCAUCUGUCUCUGAUCCAGACGAGCCAGCACUGAUCGUGCAGCUUCAUGCUAAAGCACACCCAGCCCACGCCGCAAGAAUAAUAUUAACUCAUUUUUGCCUUGACAUCAUUCUGUGUUCAUGCUCUCAGUCCAAAACACUCCAACGAUGAUAAAUUGCCAAAAAAAAAAAAAAACACUCACGAGAAACACCAAAUCUCUCAUACUUCAUCAGAAACACUCUCACUGCCUGAAGGACACGGGUCAUCAGAAGUUCAUCAGAAAAAUCGUUUUCACUCUAAACUGUAGAAACCUGUUCAAAAGAAACCUCAUUAACACGGCUUCAUGUGCUAAAACAAUUUAGAAACAUUUUGAGAUGGAACAAAAUGAGAUUUAACUGGUUAUCUAGCUCUGCGAAUUUAUUCAAACUCAAAUUACACUUGAUUAGCCUUUUCCUCUUUUUUUUCGAAAAACUGAAUGUUUUUUUUUUAAACAUGUUUUUGUGGCUGGGGGUAUCGCUACUUCAUUGAUUUGAUUUGAUCCGAAAUAAAACUUUCACGCACAGUGCCAAGCUUCAUAACUAGCUUGCUGGCUAAUCCCCUUUAUUUCCAAACCAUAAAAACAUUUGUGUUUCACUCUUAUAUUGAUUGAUUUAAAAGGGAUUGUUUCACUUGGAUCUGAAAUAUUGGCUCAAGUUUAAUCUCAAGGUUUUGUGAUUUCUCUAUAACUUGAGUUGUUUUACUGGAAAGUUCAUGUUGCUUAAAAUGGUGGUGAAGAAACAGCCACUUUCUCCCACACUUUAUUAAUCAUAAGUACUGUCUCAUAAUCCUGUCUGGUGUUUUUUUUAUAUUGUGUCCUUGACUUCACAUCUGGUUGGUUUGUAUUCUGCCUGUUCUCGUUGCUAAUUGGUUUAUUAGCUCGCAGGCUACAGGAUCAAUAGGUGUGAUGUUUCUAUGCUAGCGUUAAAAUGAAUGAUUGUGGAAUGCUUUGCUUCUUUCACACACUGGUGUUUGGGACGUGGCCGAAUACUCUGCAAUCCUUUGAGGAAAUGCACAAGAGCUACAGUGCUACAUGAUGGACAAAAACUUUCUGUUCUGGUUUAAAGCAACAGUUUGGCCCAAGAUGAAAUGUACCAAAGGCCCAGUGCCAAACGCAGUCCAUCAGCCCAGACAUGUUCAUUGUCUCAAAUGUACCAUUUUCAUUUUGCACUGAAACAAGAAGUCUAAUAUUAAGCAAGGCAAGCUAGUAGUGUUAGCGUUAGCAGUUUAGUCUUCACGAAUCUUCACACAAGCAAACUGUACAGAAUAAACAUGUCAGAUGAUUAAUAUUCCCAAGUGAAGCAUAAUGUUUGGCGAAAACAUUCCUUUCGUUCAGAAUAAAGACUGUAUCUGGAAAUCCUGCAGUUAUGGGAAAACAAAGCUGGGGAAAAUUUUUUAUCUUUUUUAAAGAAUGAUUGCUUCAAUAUUCGCUGAUUGUUAUAUUUAGACUUGUUCCAGUCUCUUCAUUUCCUUUUGUUCUAUCGACGAUGUAACAGCAUGCAUAUCAAAUAUAUCCAGUGUAAUCAGAUAUUUUUGCACUCUUUGCCUAAUGCGGUGCACCAAAGAUAUUUAUUCCACAUUAAACAUGAUUCCAUGCCUGUUGUGUGUUUGUGUGUGUGUGUGUGUGUGUGUGUUUUUUUAAACACAGAUAUAGAAUCAUAUGAAAAAUGUUUUUUGUUCUAAAUGAUGGAAGAAAAUAAACUAUGUGCCACAA